AUGAUUCUACAGGUAGCUAAGGAGUUGGAGUAUAAGUUAUGGUUUUGUGAAGUCUCGGACUCUCUGGUAAUACAGACAUGCAGGAGGCUCUUUCCAAAAGUCCGAUUUGCAGAUAUUACACUCUGUAGUCCCUAUUGUGAGGAGACAGUGAAACUCAUCAUUGGAAUGCUGAAUGAUCAAGGUUUUUCUCUUAAAAGGUUGAGUGUUGGGAUGCAUUCACUAGAUUCAAUAGAAAACACCUAUAAAAUGCUAUCUGAAGACAAGAAAAUGAAGAAUGCUACCUGGGAAUUAAAGGAAACAAGUUGCAUCAACUUUAGUUACGUGAAGUACACAGCUGCUACAAUGGAGACAAGCGUUUAUGUAACUGGGUUUGAUGAAUAUGCAAGACAAAGCUGCAGAAGACUAAUCCAAAGAUGCAAGCCAACAUUAAUCCAUUUGUCAGAUCUUGAUGACAUGAGGCUGAAGACAAUAAUUGACAUCCUAGAUAUUGAAGAUUACACUAAUAAACACCUGAAGAUACAAUCCAAUUUCUACCCAGAAUCUUCAGUGGAAAAUAUGCGCUGCAUUCUCUUUGAAGAAGAAAAAAUUAGAAACAUAAAGUGGUCAGUGCUUCUCUGUUGGCGUACUGAUAUUCUUUUGACACAUGAAGCUGGCUCUUCUGAAAUAAGGGAGCAACAUUUUCAUCACCCUGUAUCCCUAAUUGGAUAAUAGGUAUAAUGGAAAAAGAUGAAACAAGACCUGAAAUCCACUGUGUGGGCACUUUCUCUGGACUUCAAAAGUGUUUAACUGAAAUUACAAAUUUGUUUUCCAUGAUCAUGGAAGCAUCUGCUAGAUUUUCAAGUAGUACUAGGUUGUUGUACCGUGUUAGCCAUUAUGAAUGUAGAGAAAAGCC